UUUGAAGGGAUUAAGGACUAAGGAAAGUCCUAUGCGGCUGUGCGCUAUAUUCUAGCUGAGCCCAGUAAACUGUUAUUGAAGCUAUACAUGCUCGAUCGAGGAGAAGCGCACAAGAAGGAGCCAACUACCAAGCAAAGGCAAUGAAUUCUGCAAAUUCCCACUUGAUUUGUCCUAUUUUCUUAUCCCUAAUCAUCGCCGUGUUCUCGCUGAGCUUCCUACACGCUCUAGGGCAGCAAAUAGAUUGGGGAAGCGAAGGAUCUCAAAAUGGGUUGGGACGCAGAGUUCUGAUGAGUUUCAAGGAAAAGCCCCCGGGGAGUAACGUCACAUUUGAAUGCUCUCCUUCUGGACCCUGCGUCCCCUGCCUCUACUCCGAGAAGGGUGAUGAGAAAUAUCGCUGCAGUGAAACUGGCUACCGAAUCCCAUUAAAGUGUAUAGAAAGUGAAAAUUCUGUCAAAAGUUCAGAGAAAUCAGAUUCUCAAAAUGCACGGUCUACUCUGGAAGUCUCCAAUGGCAUUGCUGAAUCACAUAAGGUGUUGAAUGAUUCCAGAGAGUUGUUCAGUACCUCUAAAGAACAAAGAAGUUUACUUGAUAGUUCAUCUACUUCAGAUAACAGGUUGCAGGCUUACAUCACUUAUAGAAGCUGUAUACCUGCAACUACUGAAGACAAGCUGUCUGUCCUUAGUUUUGAGGGGAUUGUGAUUUUGUUGUUGCUCGUCAGUGGAUCAAUCAUAUAUCUGAGAAAAAAGAAAGGGGUUUCAGUGUCGGGUUACGCGGCAGUAAGGUCGUAGGCACACUCGCUGUUGUUGACAAACAAGUUGUAUGAUGAGAUCUAUACUUCAAAUAUAGCUUAUUUUUGUUUUAAUAUCAAGUUUCAUGAAAGUUUUUCAUAUUAACUUAUUUUUGUUUUUUCUCCCUUUCAUUGCUGACACCACGAACUAUUAUAUUGACUGACGCGGGUUUAUAUAAUUCUUUUGUGUAUUGUACAAGUGUUUUGAAAUUUGAAGUUUGGCAUUGCUUUGCAGAUUUUGUGUAAUUUGUUCCAUGUUUCGCUUAGACGGCUCAGUCCACUAUGUUCUCA